AUAUAUAUAUAGGGAUCUGGUUGGUGAUAAACUUUCGCAGUUUCCCUAUUCCAUCUACUUUCUUUUUCGAUUUCAUUUCUGUAAAUCUGAAUCUGAAUCUCCAACUUCAAACAGUAGCUCACAUAUAGCAACUGUAAUACCUGGGAAUGCGGAAUGAUGUGUUCAAACGUUGGUAAUUUCUUUUCUAAAACCUGCAUGGUUGCAAGUCCAUAUGAGCUACUUGUGCUUCUUGAUGAAGUUGGAUUCAAGCAACAAAAUACAUUUAGUCGUUAUGCUCAGAUACACAAUGAAGCUGCAACUUGUAGGGGUCCAGUCGUGCUAAAGCAUGAGCUCGUCGAAGACGGUUAGGUCUUCAGUUCAAGACUCCUGCUUGUGUGUAUAAAGUAGUUGUGUUAGCAGGAGAUAAGAUAAGUUCUAGUACUUUAUUAGAUCAUAAGUUUAAAAUAUGGAGAACGUAGGAAAUGUGUUGAUGCAAAAGUAUGAAUUCGGGAAAAUGCUUGGUCAAGGUAAUUUUGCUAAAGUUUAUCAUGGACGGGAUAUAAAUUCGGGCCACAAUAUUGCCAUCAAGGUGAUCGAUAAAGAGAAGGUUUUGAAAGUUGGUUUAAUUGAUCAAACCAAGAGAGAGAUAUCUGUUAUGGGAAUGGUGAAACACCCAAAUAUAGUGCAGCUUUAUGAGGUACUGGCCACUAAAACCAAAAUCUAUUUCGCAAUGGAAUAUGCAAAAGGCGGUGAGCUCUUUGACAAGGUGUCCAAGGGAAGGCUCAAAGAAGAUGUUGCUCGAAAGUAUUUCCAACAAUUAAUCGGUGCCGUUGAUUUCUGCCACACACGAGGUGUUUAUCACCGUGACUUGAAACCUGAAAAUCUGCUGCUGGACGAAUACGGAAAUUUAAAGGUGACAGAUUUCGGGUUGAGUGCUCACGCCUCAUGCACACGUUUAGAUGGGCUACUUCACACAACAUGUGGCACCCCUGCCUAUGUGGCACCUGAAGUAAUUAGCAGAAAAGGCUAUGAUGGUGCUAAAGCUGACAUCUGGUCUUGUGGGGUGGUUCUAUUUGUUCUACUGACUGGUCAACUUCCAUUUAAUGACUCAAAUAUUAUCCAAAUGUAUAAAAAGAUAAGCAAGGCCGACUAUAAAUGUCCUAAUUGGGUUCCAUCAGAAGCUCGUAGGCUGCUAAAAAGAAUCCUCGAUCCAAACCCAGUUACUAGGAUUUCCAUGAAAAAAAUCAUGGAAAAUUCUUGGUUUAAGAAAGGACUAGACACCAAGCAGAUGGAAGCCACCAUGGAAAAGGAAACGCCUUUGGUUAAUGCUGACAAACCUUUUUUUGAGCCAAAAAAGCCAGAUUUUACUAGGGUUUCGAGUUUUAAUGCUUUUGAUAUUAUAUCUCUGUCAAGCGGAUUCGAUUUAUCUGGUCUGUUUGUGGGAAAUGAUCAAAGGGAUGAAGUGAAGUUCACCUCUACAAAACCUGCCUCGGACAUAAUAUCCAAAAUGGAAGAAAUAGCCACGAGUCUAAAGAUGGAAGUUGGUGUGAAGAAGGGAUGGCAGCUAAAUUUUAAGAGACCUAGUGAAGGCAGAAAUGGUCCACUCUCCGUUGGUGUAGAGAUAUUCGAAAUCGCUUCCAACUUUCAUUUAGUAGAGGUAACGAAAUCGUGUGGUGACGCAUUGGAGUAUCAAAAGAUAUUGAAAAAUUAUAUAAGACCAGCUCUCCAAGAAAUUGUUUGGGCAUGGCAUGGUGAGUAACAACAUAAGCUUUUUAUCUUCACAAUAUGUCCCAACUUCAUUGCUUUUGUAUCAUUAUCAUUUAAUCUCAGUAUUUGUCCCUUAUCUGUGUUAUGUCAAUCUUUCUAUGAAGAUCACUAAUGUAUUAGUGAAACUUGUUUAGAUUUGUGUUAAACGUGUCAUGUUAUGGUGUUCAUGUGCAUCGGAUAUCCAUUUGUGAUUUGAAUGUGCUCUUGUUGUUUUA